CGAGGGCACGGUGGGAUGCAGAUGCUGGACAAGGAGGGAUGGAGACUUUGGGCGAAGCAGGAUGGGCAUCCUGGCUGGGGUGGGAUGCAGACCCUGGGCAGGGUGGAAUGGAGACGCUGGACAAGGGAAUUGAGCCCAACACCGGCAUUAUUGGGUGGGUGGGGAGAACUCAGCCCCAUCCCCACCUGGGCUGCAGGAACAGGGCCGGAUGCUGCUGGAACUCUGGCCUCCCCUCGCCUUUCCCCCUUGCCCUCUAAGAUUUCAUCACUGAGCACUUAAGGCCGGGAAAAGCCGCCCGAGCAGCUGCAGGGAGCCGCCGGAGCAGACAGACGGACGGGGCUUUUAUUUCGGGGAGCGGCGGCGACGCCGGAGAAACCCCAGCGGCGCCAGCCCCGCUCCGGCCGAGGGGACAGAACCCGGCCCCCCACCCCGCGGGGGUCACGGUCCCCAGGCGCUGGCCGCGGCUUUUUGGGGGGUCUGGCAGGUCCCCAGAGAGGAGCAGAGGAAAAUAGCAACGGGAUGAGGUCACACAGCGGCUGCAGCCUCUUGAGCAACCUCAGGCCGGGCCGAGGGGACCAGGGCAGGGGGAGAGAGAGAUUGGGGGGGCUCAAGAGAUGCCCCCAGACCCCAAGACUGGAGAUCCUGGGAGCCGAGCAGCUGCUGUGUUUGUCUGGGGAACCAGGGGCGCCCCUGUUUGUGUGCCUGCCUGAACCCCAAGGCAGAAGUGCUCAGGCCAGAGCAUUUCCAGGCUGGGAUUUUAGGAAAUGUUCUUCUGAAAUUACGGGGAUGGUCCCAAGCCAUGUUUGCCCCAGUGCCUCAAUAACAGCAGGGCACUCAGCCCACAUCCCUCACUGUCUCCCUUGGAUGGGCAUUACCCCCACCUUUGUGGAUAAAACCAUUAAAAACAACUCCCUGUGUGACCCUAAUCCCCACUUGCACCCCAAAAUGUGGCCCCUUCCGGGGUUGGUGAUGGGGGGCACCGUGGCUCCUUUGCUGAACGGGAUAAGCCAGGAAACACCCCCAGCCCCAGCUGGAUUUCAUCUGAGAGAGGGCUGGGGGCUGCCUGCCUUUCCCUGGCCUCCCACACCCCCUCCCCAUCCCGGCCUUAAUGAGAACAAGCUGGUCCCGGGCUGCGACGCAGGAGGAGGAGGAGGAGGAGAAGGAGGAGCAGAGGAGGGAGAAGGAGGAGGCUCCAUCCCAGCAGGCUGCAGAAAGGGGCUCGAGGUGUGUGGGACAGAUCCCGUCUUCCCGGCUGCCUCCCGCCGGCUGCGGGCGAGGUUUCCUGCAGGAAUCCUGGGAAUGGGCUCAGCCAUGGGCACGUGGUUGCUGCUCUUGGUGCUGCUGGUGGCAGCCCCAGCAGAGGCGGCGGCGCCGCGGCACCGCCCGGUGCUGCCGGACACUGCUGGCAGCGGGGACGGGGACGAGGCCUCAGCCACGCUGCCCGCCCAGCCCGUGACCCCCCGCAUCAGCCCCACCGUGGGGGCGGCACCGGGGACCACCGUGACCAACAGCUCGGCGCCGGGCGUGCUGGACGGGCUGGUGGACUUCUUCAAGGAGUACCUGCUGCUGGUGGUGGUGGUGGGCUCGCUGUCCUUCGUCCUCCUCUUCAUCAUCUGCGCCGCCGUUAUCGUCCGGCAGAAGCACAAGGCCUCCGCAUACUAUCCCUCCUCCUUCCCCAAGAAGAAAUACGUGGAUGAGCGGGACAAGUCGGGGGGAGCGCGGGACUUCAGCGAGGUGCCCGACAAAGCCCCUGAGGCCGGCGCGGAGGAGCCGCUGGACGGCGGCCGCCAGCUCCAGGCCGACAUCCUGGCUGCUGCCCAGAACCUCAAAUCCCCCCACAAGGCACCGCUGGCCAACGGGGCCCAGGGCGAGCAGAAUUCCCCUCAGGAAGAGAAGGAGAAGGAGGAAGAGGAGGAAGGAAAGAUGAAGUCGGGGGAUGAGCAACCCAAGCCCCCUGCCCAAAAUGCGGGCGCGGAGGAAGCGGCGAGCGCAGGAAGCAAGGAUGGAGGAUGCAGCCCUGAUGCCUGCCAGGAUGGCUCCCAGGCUCCCUCUGGAAUCUGAGGCAGGGACACGGUCCCGGGCAAGCCUGAGGAGCUGCUGCCCUGGGACACACCAUGGACAGGGUGGAUCAGGCUCUGUAUGUACGUGGUGGCUCAAGGAAGCCCCGAUGAAGAUCCCGUUCCCUCCCAGCUCCCCCGACCCCGGUACUGAUGGGAUGCUCCAAGGGGGAUUUGCCAGCUGGUGGGUUUCCCCAGCACUGGAACGCUGUCAGCCCCAGCUCCUGCUGCCCAAGGGGCUUCUCCCACCCCAGGCACUGCAGCUCUGCCCCCCCUGUGCCAACAGCUUCCUCCCAAAUGUUAUUUUAAUCAGCAGCAGCAGCCUGGUCUGCGCCGGGCUCCUGGCUGGGAGCUGUGUCCCUCUGGGAGAAGGGAUGGGAGCAGGGCUGGAGGUCUGUGGGACACAGGUCAGCUUUGCCCAAGGCCACCCAAGGGAAAGAGGGAUGAGGAUUUAGGGACAAGGACUCUCUUUUCCUUCUUCCACCCCAGAGCCCAGCUGGAUUUUUGCCUCACUUGCUGAACCCCUUCAGCUAGAAAUAAACAUUUCCUCCGCACAGCUCCUCUCCCGUGUGUGUCUCAGCCGUGGGGUGCCCAGGGGACAGUCCCCGUGUCCCUGUGCUCCCCCAGGGGCACAGCUGGAUUGGACUCCAGGGCCAGUGGAGCCCUGGGCAGGGUGUUAUCAGUCCCCACAUCAGCACAUGACGUGCCCUUCCAGGAAACCUUUAUCUUGUACCCACAGCUGCGGGGCUGAGGAGGGGCUGUGGGGACUCAGCCAGGGCCCUGGGGUGCAGCUGCUGCAGUGGGGAC